AGGAAGGCGCCAAAGAGCAUGGCACGUGCCAACGGAGGCCAUUGGCACGAGUGUCGGACGGCCAUGAUUUUCAGCCGACCCUCUCCCUCCCUUCGACCCAAGUUUGAAAAAAACGGCUACCCACCGCCAUUGCCCACCGCUCCCCUUUCCGUCUGCACUCUGCACCUUCACUCCCUCGAACUCGUCUUCUUCCCCGAUUUGGCUUCCCGACGUCGACUAUAAAUUUCCGUGCGCCGGAGGCCCCUUCUCACGGCGACAACGGUUAGUUGCUGGUUCUUCCGACGGGAGUCGGAGGGAGAGAGAAUUUCGGAGAUGGGGAUCGCCUUGUGGGCUACGUUCCCGUGGUUCUUCCUCUCUGCUCUCUGUUCCGUCCUCUCCGCCGGUGGUCGAGACGAGAGAACGUUCAUCGUAAGAGUCCAGAGCGACCUUAAGCCCUCCGCCUUUGCCUCCCACGAGCGCUGGUACCAGUCCUCCCUCAGGAACGUGAAACCCGCAGAGCAAGUGGCGGCGGAGGACGAAGAAGGCACCGGAAUUCUGCAUGUGUAUGAUACGGUUUUUCAUGGGUUCUCUGCGAGGAUGACGCCGGAGGAGGCGGAGGAGAUGGGGAAGAACCCGGCGGUCCUCAAGGUUAUUCCGGACGGGGUUAUGCGGCUGCACACCACGCGCUCCCCGGAGUUCCUCGGCCUCGUUCCUCGGUCAGACAGGCUUCUGGGGCUCUCGAGGUACGGGUCCGACAUCGUGAUCGGCGUCCUGGACUCCGGCAUCUGGCCGGAGAGGCGGAGCUUCUCCGACCGAGGUCUCGGCCCUGUUCCCGCCAAAUGGAAGGGAGUGUGCGAGGAGGGAAAGGAUUUCCCGAAGACGUCAUGUAACCGAAAGCUGGUUGGAGCCAGAAUGUUUCCGACGGGUUAUCAGGCCGAAAAGCGCGGGAAGAUAAAUGAAUCAGAGGUACUCUCCCCCAGAGACACUAUGGGCCACGGCACGCACACUGCUUCUACAGCCGCCGGAAGGCGCGUUUCGCGGGCAUCACUGCUCGGACUCGCAGGAGGCGUCGCCUCCGGUAUGGCGCCCAGGUCGCGAAUUGCUGUUUACAAGAUCUGCUGGGGCGCCUCCUCGUGCCACCGCUCAGACAUCCUAGCGGCCUUCGACCGUGCCGUGGGGGACGGCGUCGAUGUCAUCUCCAUCUCCGUCGGAGGCGGCUACGCCUUACCCUUCGACACUGAUCCGAUCGCGAUCGGCUCCUUCGCGGCCACGGCUGCCGGCGUCUUCGUUGCGGCCUCCGCCGGGAACGACGGCCCCGGCUCGAUGACCGUCGACAACGUCUCCCCAUGGAUCACGACCGUCGGAGCUGGUACCCUGGACCGCAACUUCCCUGCGGACGUCAUACUCGGCGACGGCCGGGUUUUCCCCGGAGAGUCCCUCUACCGCGGUCCCGGAACAGCGGGGAACCAAUCGUUCCCGAUCGUCCUCGCGAAGAACGUGGCGGCCGCCGGGAAGGAAUUCACGGCCCCGCUCUGCAUGGACGGUACGCUCGACCCAGCAAAGGCGGCCGGGAAGAUCGUCAUAUGCGAAAGGGGUGGCAUCGACCGGAUCGUGAAGUCGGAGGUCGUGCGGAAGGCCGGCGGCGCCGGAGCGAUCAUCGGGAACGGGAACUACCAGGGUGGGGAGGAGCCAAUCCCGGACCCGUACCUGCUACCGACGGUCUCCGUUGGGUCGGGGGCGUCCCUCGAGAUCCGAUUCUACGCCAUGACCAAACCCAACGGGACCGCUAGGCUCGUCUUCCGCGGGACCCACGUCGGCGCCCAGCCUGCGCCCAUGGUGGCGGCCUUCUCCGCGCGCGGGCCCGUCGCCGGCGUGCCCGAGCUCUUCAAGCCCGACCUGAUCGCGCCGGGAGUCAGCAUCCUGGCCGCCUGGCCCGACGGGUUGGGGCCCAGCGGACUCUCGUCCGAUACCCGCCGGACAGAGUUCAAUAUCUACUCCGGCACCUCCAUGUCCUGCCCGCACGUAUCCGGCAUCGCUGCCCUGCUCAAGGGGGCUCACCCGGACUGGUCGCCGGCUGCAAUCCGGUCGGCAAUGAUGACCACGGCCUACUCGACGGACCGCGCCGGGUCGCCGAUCGCCGAUGCCAACUCGCGAAAGCCGGCAACCGUCCUCGAUUUUGGAUCCGGGCACGUGAACCCGGAGCGGGCUGUGGAUCCAGGUCUCGUGUAUGACAUAUCACCUGAGGACUACGUGCAAUUCCUGUGCGACUCGAACUACACGGAGAAGGAGAUAAGGGUAAUUACAGGAAAAGGCGGGGCAUGUUCCGGGAAGAAGAAGGGGAGGCCGGCGGACCUGAACUACCCCGCUAUCGCGGUCCAGUUCGACCAGGGUCCGAAGGCGAACGGGUCGCUCGGGGCGGUGGAGCUUGUCCGUACCGUGACCAACGUGGCGGAAGGUAGCUCGCGGUACGCCGUGGAGGUGGUUCCGCCUAAGGGUACCAGUGUGGUGGUGGAGCCGACGGAGUUGGUGUUCGGGGGCAGGAAGGAGAAGAAGGGGUACCGGGUGAGGGUGGAGGCGCGGUGCGUGAACUUCACGGACGGUAUAUACAAGUACGAAUGGGGGUCGCUCACCUGGAGGGACGGUAGGCACACCGUAAGGAGCCCCGUCUUGGUGACGUGGAUACAGAAAUGCUGUUGACCGUUAUUUUCUCCAUCACUUUUUACAGAAACGUUGAUAUGUGCACCAAAGUUUUCUGAUUUUUCAAAUACAAUCAAUGUUCUAUUCUACGCUCUUAACCACAUUUAAGGAAGGAUAAUGGGUAUACCAAAUUUAUGCUGGGUAAAUCUUU